AUGACCGAGUGGAACGUGCUAACCGCAACCGCCACGCAACUGAGCCGUUUCCUACAGCAGGUCCAUACGACGAGCCACGACAUCGUGCAAGCCUAUCUGGCGCAGAUUGACCGGCACAACCGCGCCGGCCUGCAGCUACACGCAUUGAUCGCCGUCGACCCCACCAAUGCCCUCGCUCAGGCGGCCGACCGCGACCGGGAGCGGUCCCAGGGCCGGGUCCGCGGGCCUCUCCACGGAGUCCCAAUUAUCGUCAAGGAUACCAUUAUCACGUCGCGGGCGCUGGGACUACCAACUACCGCGGGGGCUGUGGCCUUCCAAGAUACCUACGGCCGCGCCAACGCACCGAUUAUCAAUUCCCUACUUGACCAGGGGAUGAUCAUCCUGGGCAAGGCCAGCAUGACGGAGUUCUGCGGUCUCAAAGCAACCUGUAUCACCGCGGGCUGGUCGGCCGUGAACGGUCAGACCCAGUCCCCUUACAUUGCGGGAGGAUUCCGGCCCGACGAUCUCUUCAUCGGUCGCUCGGGGCCCGGUGGCUCCUCGUCGGGGUCGGCUGUGGGCGUCGCGGCGGGCUUUGCCCCGCUGGCCCUAGGCACCGAGACCUCGGGCUCCGUCUGCAUGCCAGCUAAUCGCGCGGGGCUGUACUCCAUUACCGCCACGCAGGGAUCUGUCCCCCUGGAGGGGGUGUUCUCACUAAGUAGAGACUUUGACAAGCUCGGCGCCAUGGCGCGGUGUCCGGAGGAUCUCGCUGUGCUUGUACAAGCUCUGAAUGGAGUGGACUAUCAGCCGUCGGCCGGAUGGAAGGAUGUGUCGGUCGGGUUCGUUGACCCUCUCGUCUGGGAUGCUUUUGCAUUUCAAAAGUCUCCAGACCCGGAUGUAGAACAGCAGAUUGUAGGUUAUCUGAGUAGCUAUGAAUGGGCGCAAUCGCAGAUUGCGCAGCGAGGAGGCCGUGUGGCCUACCCAGUUGAGUUGCCGACCAUGGAAAGCCUUCACUACGACGGCCAGAGUGUGAACUACUCCGUUGCAUUCUACGAGUUCCCAAAGCUUUUUGAGACAUUCUGCUCCAUGCUGGAAGCGCCAAAAGUGCAUUCAGUUUCCGAGUUGAUCGAGUGGAACAAGGAUCAUGCCUCGGUCGCUUUGCCUCCACCGCACACCGAUCAGAACGACUUGCUGGAGACUCUGAAGUCGCCCAUGGACGAGGAGAAAGCAGCGGCAGCUAAAGCCUACGCUCAACGACUCGCGGGGGUACAAGGUAUCGAUGCAACGCUUGCAAAACACGGAGUAGAUAUCAUCAUUGGACCGGGAGACUGUGCCAUCUGUGCGGUUGCUGCGCUGGCGGGCUAUCCCACCGGCAUGGUUCCUCUUGGGCGCUUGGAAGGGCCGGGCGGCUUGGGCCAACCUCAAGGGUUGAUGCUGAUCAGCCGGGCAGGGGGUGAACAAAAGCUUCUCCAGUUCAUGCAUCUGUGGAAAGAGAUUGUGGGAGACUGGAAGGCUCCCCCUUUACUCACAUAA